GACGCCCGCCCCGGCGCGGCCCCAAUGGUGUGUCCGGCAAGCCCUUGUGCCCGGCUGGGCGGCUGCGGGAAGAACGGAUCCGCCGAUGUUCUGCGAUGUUAGGAUGGCCCUGGGUCUCUUCCACGCUGUGCCGGGGCUGCUGCCGGGAGAUAAACCCCAGCCCGGCUGCCGGAGGGAGGACUAGGGGAUGCUCCUCACGCCUGCUGCUUAGUCUGGGAUGCGGCGACUUCCAUCUGUCCUUUUCAUCCCCAGAACGAGCUUGGCUCCGAGGUGCCACCCCAGGUUUGUUGGUGAAGACACCAAUGAAAAUGGGGAGCAGCAACACUGAGAAGUUUUAUAGGAUCCCCAAAGGAAAAGGGCCACACUCAGUUGGAUGUACAGACCUGAUGACAGAAAAUGCAGUUGAGGGAAGCUUCCUGCGCCUGUAUUACCCGUCAUGUGAUGCCACAGAUAAUGAGGAGGCACUGUGGAUUCCAGAUAAAGAGUACUAUCAAGGUCUCUCUGACUUCCUUAACAUGUACCGAGUUGUAGGAGAAAGGCUUUUCCAGUACUAUGUUGGUUCAGUGACCUGUCCUGCGAAGUCAAAUGCUGCAUUUAAGCCAGGAGAAAAAUACCCACUCCUCAUUUUUUCCCAUGGACUUGGAGCUUUUCGGACGAUCUAUUCUGCUAUUUGCAUAGAGAUGGCUUCCCAGGGCUUUAUGGUGGCUGCUGUGGAGCACAGAGAUGAAUCUGCUUCAGCAACAUAUUAUUGUAAAAAAAAGCCCCUUUGUGAACCACAGAAAGAGUCUACAUCAAACAUUGAGAAGGAGUGGAUCUACUACAGGAAACUGAAAACUGGAGAGGAAGAGCGGUGCUUGCGCCAUAAGCAGGUGCAACAAAGAGCACAGGAGUGUAUCAAAGCUCUCAAUCUCAUUCUUAAAAUCAAUUCAGGAGAGGAAGUAAUGAAUGUACUCAAUUUGAACUUUGACUGGCAAAGCCUAAAGGAUUCUGUUGAUACUAGCAGAAUAGCUGUGAUGGGACACUCUUUUGGUGGUGCUACAGUUAUUGAGAGUCUCAGCAAAGAAAUAAGAUUCAGGUGUGGCAUUGCCCUCGAUGCAUGGAUGCUUCCUGUCAGUGAUGACAUUUACCAAAACAGUAUCCAGCAACCACUGCUUUUUAUCAACUCUGAAAAAUUCCAGUGGUUUGAUAACAUUUUAAAGAUGAAGAAGCUCAUCUCUAAUGACACAAACAAGAAAAUGAUUACUAUCAAGGGAUCGGUCCAUCAGAGCUUUCCUGACUUCACCUUUGUGAGUGGAGAAAUCAUUGGGAGAUUUUUUAAAUUAAAAGGAGAAAUAGAUCCAAAUGAAGCUAUUGACAUAAGCAAUCAUGCUUCAUUAGCCUUCCUGCAGAAACAUUUGAGUCUUAAGAAAGAUUUUGAUAAGUGGGAUUCUCUUGUGGAUGGCAUAGGACCCAAUGUUAUUCCUGGUACCAAUAUUGACUUACCUCCAGCAGAACCUGAAUAAGAAGUACUGAAAAUGCCAUAGACAUCAGGACACUAAUGUUGGCCAGACAUUACUCAGAUGUGAUAGCAUUGGCCAUUGCCGUAUGGACCAACAUAAAAGAUAAGGUAUUCAGUUACCUUAUAAUGGAAAUAUGGAGAGGUUUUAGGUCAAGUGAGUUAGUGAGAUAAUCUGAAAUACUGUAAGAGUAACCUUUGCUUUUUAGAAAGAGUGAUUAAUCACAUGCCUGAUUUGGGUUUAGAAUCAAUUUUGCAGAGAGAGAUUAAGCUCCAAGGAAUUCAGCUGAAGUUCUACUUACCAAACUAAGUCAAGCAAGCCUGUUUUGCAGUGUAAUUAAAAAAAUAAUAUUAU